AUGGCCUUCAGUGAUUUAUGUCACAUAAGUAAUGCUUAUAAAGCAAUCGAAAAUGAACCUGAUCAGUCGGAACGUAUUAUGGAAGAAAACUCGAUGGUCCGGGAUCUUAUCACAAAAAUCCUUGAUGAGACCGGACCUUCAGAAGAGAUUAGCUCUGCUCAAACUACAGAAAAACCAUCCGUAAGCAGUUUGCACUCAAACAUCAACCAAUAUCCAAAAAAUGAUUCAACUAAUGCCUCAUACAUACCACCGUCGUCUUUCAACACAUACCAAAACAACUCCCUGUUCAAUUACUCGCCGCCAAACGAUCAAAAUGGCUACAAUUUCAACAUGCAAAACGGCUACGGUAGCUCAAACGGAUUUGUCAAUUAUCCCGACAACGAUCUCAGCAAUCAACUGGUUAUGGAGCCAGUCACAGAGACCGUAACUCCUGAGCAGUUGAAUCUCCUCAGGUUGGCGGCUCAAGAAAUUGGCGGUGCCCAAUUCACCAGUCCGAAACAAUACGACUAUAAUUUUUACGAACCGAGCCAAAGAAACUCAUUACCUGAUACCAACAUAUUCUCAGCCAAUACCUACAAUAGACCCAACAGUCUUAACCUGGACAUGAAUUUCAACUCCAACUACGACAACUCAUAUAGCGUUCAGAGGUUUCCUAAUAAAUUCGAAAAUUCAUACCUGAAAGACCAAAAUCAGGAUUCGAGCGAACUGAUCUCUUCUUACUUAAGCCAAAUGAAUGUGAUUGAUCGGAGCAGAGAUGAAGUCUUGCCGAACAACGAUUACAAAUACGAAAUGAACGGCCACUACCCGAGCGAUGAGUUCAAUAAAAUGCAUGACGAUAGAAACAAAAUGUUCUACAAUCGAAAUUACCUUAACAAGAGCUUUAAUGGGGAAAACAAUUUCUUUUACAACGAUUUAUCGAGCGAGCGGAAUGCGCUAGGUCAGAACUACGAUUUCCCGAAUCAGACAACGCAACCCUCUGCUACCAAUCCAAUGAAUUACAAACCGAACGGUUUCCACCCUCAGAACGAUUUUAUGCAGAGGCGUGACAUCAAUCAGAUAAUUCCGCGUGACAGUUUCCAAGGCAAUGGAAACAUGGAGCAGAGGCCGAAUUUCGAUGGUGGCUUGGGGCGGGAGGGUUCUCAGCAAGCGGCCGUGAUAAGGCAGAACCAAGAGCUGGCGAGGCAGAUGAGUCUGCUGAUUAGGAAUCGUCAGCCACCGAACCAAUUGAAUGUCGACGUGUCAUUUCUGCACGAAAAUACCCCUUAUAACAUUGGUUUAGGCGCGCUGCUUGCCCCAAGUACAUCUGUACCACCGCCAGUUAUACCAUCGCCAAUGUUAGACGUCCCUCUGUUGGCGCCCUUUUAUACGAUGCGGAAUGGGAGGAACGCAGCAACUUCGUCUGGAAUACUCCACGCACGUCUGGACGCAUGCUACGAACAAUGGCGUCAGCUCGAAAGGGAACGUAAGCGAACGGAAGCGAGGCUGGCGUUAGCGUAUCCCGGAAGAGCUGUUUCCUCUUCCAACUCUAUCCCAGUACCCAGGCUUCCACCGUGUCCCACCCGGGUCGACAGGCUGACUGUUGAUAUGUUACGGGAACACACGAAGGUAUUAACUCUGAUGGGUAAAAUGGAAACCCUGAGGGCGAGCGUUUGCGUCGCACAAAACAAAAAGCCGAACAAGCCUGAGGACGGCAAGAUAACAGUAUUGAAGCGCGGACAGGAAAAUGUUGCCAGUGAGAAGGAGAAAGAGAAUGGCGUCGACCCGGCCUCCUUCGAUCCCAGCACUUGGCGUGAGGAUGUGAAGAACUUGGCCGAAAUUGCACCUCACAGUGAAGUGGAGAGCGCCAUGUUAGCAUGGCGUAGUGCUGUAGCCGGUGUCCAAGCGGCUAGGAGGAGGGAACUGGCCCCCCAUAAUUCGAAUCAAGGACGAUACGUUCGACCCGAUCCGAUCCUCCAACUAGCGGAUGCUGUGAAACAACUGGGGAUAUGCGCUCGUAGAGCCAGAUGUGCCAUGUGGUGUGAUUUAACACUGACCGUUGCUUUGGCCCCACCUCAUACUCCACCACCCACUCCUCAAACUCCCCAAUCUUGCAAGAGUGACAACCCAACUCAAACGCCGUCUCAAAUGCUCUCGCCGAAACAGAGCGUGCAAGACAAUAACCAACAUUUGAUUCAGGGCAGUAACAAACAAACUGGGGGAGAAGUAAAAGAGGAAAAAGCCGCACCAGAAGUGCCAACAUCCACAACGCAAAUUGCUACGAAGGGCGACGUCAAAAACGAUAACAACAACACCAACAAGCAAACGAACAAGCAGACGGACAAGCAACAAGAGAAAAAUCAACAGCGCCGAACCCAGAACUACAGACACAAAGUGAACCAAGGAAGAAACGACUUUUACCAAAAGAACAGGUACGAUAACAGAUUUAUGCAUAACAGGCAUCCAUAUCACUAUUUGGCUACAGGGCCGAUAAACUAA